CUCCUGCAGUUCCAAUCAUUCAAUCAUCUCAUCAGUGCUUGAGAAUCAUUCGAAAAGGAAGUGAAUAAUUACAUUGAUUAUUUCUAUAGAGCAAAAUGGCUAAAGUAAGGUCAUGGAUUUGGGUGGCUUUCUUUGUUGUAUUACUUGUAGCUGAGGCUACCAUUGUCCAAGGUGCAGGAAAUGGUAAUGGGAAUGGUAACAAUGGCAAUAAUAAUGGAAAUGGAAAUAUAGGUGACUACAAUGGCAAUGGCAACAAUGGCAAUGAUAACGGCAAUGGCAACGCAGGCGAUAGCAAUGGCAAUGGCAACAAUGGCAAUGGCAACGGCAACGGCAAUGGCAAUGGCAAUGGCAGCAAUGGCAACGGCAACAAUGGCAAUGGAAACGGCAACGGCAACGGCAAUGGAAAUGGCAAUAAUGGAAAGAAAAAAGAUAAAAGUGAGGACUUCGAUGAGGCCGAGCCUCUAAAGACAGGACAGGAAAGAGCUCGUUGCAAAGCGAAGGGAGCUUGUUACAAGAAGACACUCGAGUGUCCAGCACAGUGCCCCAACAAGAAGCCCCAUAAGAACAAGAAACAGAAAGGGUGCCAUGUUGACUGCAGCAGCAAGUGUGAGGCCACUUGCAAGUGGAGAAAACCAAACUGCAAUGGAUAUGGCUCUCUCUGCUAUGAUCCUAGGUUUGUUGGUGGUGAUGGGGUGAUGUUCUACUUCCAUGGAGCAAAAGGAGGAAACUUUGCAGUUGUAUCAGAUAACAACCUUCAAAUCAAUGCCCACUUCAUUGGAACUAGACCUCAAGGAAGGACUAGAGACUUCACAUGGGUGCAAGCACUUUCUGUCAUGUUCGAUACUCACAAUCUUGUCAUUGCUGCCAAGAAAGUAUCAACCUGGAAUGAUAACAUUGACGCCCUGAUAGUGAAAUGGGAUGGCGAAGCAAUCAGCAUUCCUACUGAUGGACAAGCUGAAUGGGGAGUCAAUGGAGAAGAAAGAGAGGUUGUCGUAGAGAGAACUGAUGAUACUAAUAGUUUGCGUCUCAGAGUUGCUGGUCUAGUAGAAAUUGACAUAAAAGUCAGGCCAAUUGGUAAACAAGAAAAUCUUGUUCAUAACUAUCAAUUACCUGAUGACGAUGCUUUUGCCCAUCUGGAGACACAGUUCAAGUUCAAGAACUUAUCUGAUCUUGUGGAGGGAAUUUUGGGCAAGACUUACAGGCCAGACUAUGUCAGUCCUGUCAAAACUGGUGUGCCUAUGCCAAUGAUGGGUGGUGAAGAUAAGUACCAAACUCCAUCUCUCCUGUCACCUCUUUGCAAAGCAUGCAGGUUUCAGCAAAGUCAAUCUACUGGGAUCGCAACAAUCUAAUGAAGGACUCUUAUUACCUUAAUUAUGAACUUACUGUCGAAAAUAAAAUAAAUACACAUAAAUAAAACAUAAUUCUUUUGUAUACAAACCGAGCAUAAAAAUGCUUGUGCAUAUGAAGAAAUACUUGUUUUGAUUUGUUAAGAGGUUCAUAUUUUGUUCAAUACAAAAAUAAGGGCUGUCAGAAUAAUUUGCCCAUUUUAUGCA